AUGGAUCAUAACUCGCCGAGAUCUCGCCGGAGCCGUAAACUGGAGCCCAAACCCGACAUAUACGCCACUUUUGUAGUUCACUCGGACUCAGAUUCCGAUCAAGGCCGAGAUCGAGACAAACGCAAGGCCAAACCUGAGGAGGACGAAAAUGUCGAUUUAUAUGCUACAAUGGUCUACAAGGGCGACAGUGACGGAGGAGGAGAGGAAGAUGAUGACGACGAUUCCUUGCUUCCUCCUCUUCUCAAGCGCCUCCCCAAGGAUUUCGGGGGCGGCGCGUCGCUCGACUACGACGAGGACGACGGUGAUGGAGCAGGAGAUUUCGGCACGAUGAUUGUGAAGACGGAUCGGAGUAGUCAUAGCAAAAGCAGCCCGUACUCGUCCAAGCCGCGAAUGGCAGUCAGUCCUAGGAGGAGAGCCGACGAGGAAUCUUCAGAUGAGGAAGACGAAGAAGACGACGACGACGGAGAGUACGGUACCUUUGUUGUGAAAUCUUCGAGUAAAAAGGGAAAAGAGAAGGAGAAGGAGGUGGAUUUGUCAACUAUGGGAAGGGCGGUGGCGAGUAUGCAGAAAUCAAGUUUUGGUGGUAAGAACCGGAAAUCUAGCCCUUCCUCUCCUUCGGAAAACCGGAAAAUGCGGCAGCAGAACAGUAAGAUGUCGACCACUUCCCUUCCGGAGAGCAUUACCAGGGAAGAUCCAACCACCAAAUACGAAUUCCUCAAUGAACUUGGGAAAGGAUCCUAUGGAUCUGUAUACAAGGCAAGAGAUUUGAAAACAUCGGAGAUUGUUGCUGUUAAAGUCAUAUCACUUACCGAAGGGGAGGAGGGCUAUGAAGAGAUUCGUGGGGAAAUUGAGAUGUUGCAGCAGUGUAAUCAUCCAAAUGUUGUCCGCUACCUUGGGAGUUACCAAGGAGAAGAUUAUCUUUGGAUAGUGAUGGAGUAUUGUGGAGGUGGAAGCGUUGCUGAUUUGAUGAAUGUUACUGAGGAGGCGUUGGAGGAGUAUCAGAUAGCAUAUAUCUGCCGAGAGGCAAUGGCUAAAAGCAUGAAGAAGAAAGCUGAUUUCUCCUUUCGUGCAUUUGAUGCUGGCGUCUUCCUUGCUUGGGGACUUGCAUACUUGCACUCAAUAUUCAAAGUCCAUAGAGAUAUUAAGGGUGGAAAUAUCUUGUUGACCGAACAAGGAGAGGUCAAGUUGGGGGACUUUGGGGUUGCAGCUCAACUUACGCGGACUAUGUCCAAGCGAAACACGUUCAUUGGGACUCCGCAUUGGAUGGCUCCGGAGGUUAUUCAGGAAAAUCGUUAUGACGGGAAGGUGGAUGUAUGGGCUCUUGGUGUUUCAGCAAUUGAGAUGGCAGAGGGGCUUCCUCCAAGAUCAGCAGUUCAUCCGAUGAGGGUUUUAUUCAUGAUAUCCAUCGAGCCAGCUCCAAUGCUUGAAGAUAAAGAAAAAUGGUCACUGGUCUUUCAUGAUUUUGUUGCAAAGUGCCUCACAAAGGAACCACGUCUUCGCCCAACUGCAGAUGAGAUGCUUAAGCACAAAUUUGUCCAAAGAUGUAAAACUGGUGCUUCUGCAAUGUCGCCAAAGAUUGAGAAGUCUAGACAAAUCAGAGCUACAAUGGUUCUGCAAGCGCAAAAUGUUCCCGAGCCUUCUUCAGAAGACACUUCAACACUGGGUCCAAAAUCAAGUGACGAGAUUGGAAUUACAGUUCCAUCUAAACCUCCUAAUAAUGGAUAUCAAAAUACCAUCGAAGCACCUUCAACAAGCACCCUGAAUCGGCAGCAUAUAUCAGGCAAGUAUUACAUUCAUGACUAUCUAAUCCUUGUUUGCACACAGCUUGGAUAUGAUGUCGUGAAUUUCCUCCAUCGUGGCGGUGAUUUUGGAACUAUGAUCGUUCAUGGUGAGGAUGAGACAGACGAAAGUUACUCGGGUUCUCAACUUGGCAAAGAGAAAGAAUCUUCAUCUUCUCAGGUUGAUGGCGCUUCUGUCGGAUUCUCAGGAGAAGAAACAGCUGGCUCCUGGAUCCUUGACAAAAAGAAACCUCCUGCCACCGACGUUGCAGCCGAAGAUUCAACUUCACAAAGCGUGCGGGGAACUUCACCAUCAGUCUCGAUAUCUCUGGAGAAUAAAACGAAGCUGAAUAACAUAUCGGGAACACAAACCGAAGGUGGCAGUGAUGCAAGUGGAGGUACCUUGAAGAGUGAAACCGUUGGCAAGAAAGCUUUUGCUUUGCAAGAUAAGUUAUGGUCAAUCUACGCAGCUGGAAACACAGUACCGAUACCAUUCUUGAGAGCAACAGAUAUAUCUCCAAUUGCAUUAUUGUCAGAGAACAUGAUCGGAGGCAUGCAACAGGACGGGAAUGGAACCGUAGCCGUCGAAGCACUUCAGGAGCUCUUCACUUCUGAUCCUCAAUCCAAAAAGGGCCGACGUGGACAAAACGAGAUGCCUCUUCCUCCAAGUGUAUACCAGAGACUUACGUCAAGCGCUCCUCUGAUGAACCUUGCUCAAGUGUUACGAGGAGAUGCCGCUUCAGGAAAUGCAAGCAACGCAGGAGCAGCAAACCAUUCAGAAUCUGUGCGAUACUCUUCGCACAAUUCUCCGCCUUUAAGCUCUUUGUGUUCAGGAAGCAUGGCGAGAUACCAAAGUCUGAUUGUAGCUUCUUUGUUGCGAGCUUCUCGCCGUUUGACUUCACCGGCCGUCUCCGUUAGGAGCUUUUCUUCUUCCUCCUUACUUCCAAAGACAACAACCCUCGUCACUCUUCCUCGCUCUUCUCCUUUCUCUUCCUCCAUUCCUAAGUUCUCUUCUUCUUCUUCUUCUUCUCCUUCCGUUCGACCGCCGAAAACCGCCGUUAGUAAUGGCGACGAAAAAGACUCUUUUGAGUAUAAAACCACGGAUGAUGUGGAGGUCAUAGAUGACUGGGAAGAAGAAGAAGAAGUUGAACCAAAGCUUGGCGAUGGAGGAGAUGGUGGUGGAGUUGUUCUCGGGGGUGUGCCAUGGGGUGAAAAAGCUCUCUCUAUUGCUUCUGAAGUUGUGAAUCAGUCUGAGGAAGAAGAUUUGCAACUGUUUGCUUUCAGAACUUCUCCUCGUGGAUAUAUAUACGUCAGACUAGACAAACUCUCGAAUGAAUAUGGAUGUCCUACCAUGGAUGAGCUUGAGAAAUUUAGUCGAGAAUUUAAGCAAAGAUUAGAUGAUGCAGGGACUGCAAAAAUGGUCCCAGAGGAUCUAGCUCUUGAGGUAUCAUCUCCAGGAGCAGAGAGGCUGCUGAGAGUUCCAGAGGAUUUGCAGCGAUUCAAGGAGAUGCCCAUGACAGUAAUCUAUGAAGAGGAAACUAACUCGAGGAAAGCAGUAAAGAGUGCAGUGUUCCUCUUGGAUUCUGUAGAUGCAGAGUCAGAGAUCUGUGUCUGGAAAUUAGCAGAUGUGAGGGAGAACAGAGAUCCCGAGAGCAAAGGCAGACCGUUAAACCGGAAACAAAAGGACCUGAGAAUCAAACUGCCUUUCACAGAUCACAGGAAGAUAAUUCUCUACCUAGACUAG